ACGUUCGUGCUCCUCCUCGUACAGGCAAAGCUUCGAAGCGCACGUUAUAUAAUUGUGGUAGAUUACUAGCAACGUUGGUCACAUGCAGGCUGCUGUACUCAGCACUCAGUUCGCCAACGCUUUCUCAGUGGACAUUCGGCCACGGAACGACCUGAGCGUCGCCACCAGGAUGGAAACGCAGACGAGAGGAAACGCGCCCACGUCGAUCACGUGGAAACGGCUGAAGGAUAUAUUUCUCGACCUACACUUGAACGUGGAUCGUAUUUUUUAUUAUAUUGGCCUGAGCAUAGGAAAAAGACCGUGGCUAUGGCUGUUGGUAUCCUUCUGCCUAAACUGUGCCUGCGCGUCAGGAUUGUUCUUCUGGAGGGAAGAGCUGGACAACGUGAAACUGUUCGUACCCCACGACUCCGUUAUCCGCGCCGAUGCAGCCUGGGUGAAAAAACACUUCCGGGACGACUUUCGAUACGAAAGUAUCAUCGUUACAGCACCGAAUGUCCUGGAGCCAGAAGUGCUGCGUUCGAUCAGCAAAAUUGAAGAAUCAGUGAAGUCGGUGGUGGUGAAUAACAAUACCUGGGAAGACGUGUGUGCUGGAUACCUCACCUGGUUCAGCAAGGAUAACACCACGGAUGUAUUCAAGGAUCUUGAAAUACCCGAGGAUAUGAUAGAACAGUUGAACACCAUGAUGGUGGACGGUUGUAUAUAUCAAUCAAUUUUACAACUCUGGGAGAAUACUUUGUUAAAGGAUGUUAAUAAUUUAACGAAGAAGGAGGUGCUGGAAGAUGUGACCAAGGCGGUGAAACACAAGAUUAAAAACACACUGCACGACAUUGUUCCCCUUCUGUCAGGCAUCGUUUACGACCGAAAAGGUCGGGUGAAAAGCGCAAACGCGACGAUCUUAAACUGGAUGCUGAAGAAGUCUAAUCUAAAUUCGGCUGAAUGGGAAUUGGAAUUUAUAAAUCGAGUUCUUUACACGAAUAGGACGUUACCUCCGGGAAUGAAGGUGUACGCCAUCGCUACUCGAAGUUAUCUUGACUCUUUGCAGCAAAUCUUGAACAGCAAUUUCAUGGUAUUGGGCUGUGGAAUAUCCUUGAUCGCUGUUUACGUGAUGGCAAUGAUCGGUAAAUGCAACGCGCUAGAACAACGAAUUUAUUUAUCGGUGAUGGGGGUGUCCGUGGUUGGUCAAGCGAUUUUGUCGUCCUACGGGCUGUGCUACUACCUGGGAUACUCCUAUGGACCCAUACAUUCCAUUCUACCGUUCCUCUUGCUCGGCAUAGGCGUUGACAACAUGUUCGUUAUUAUGCAGAGUCUGAAUAAUUUGUCAGAGACGGAUCAGUCUUCAGGAAUUCCCAUACGCAUCGCUAAAACUGUUCAACAAGCUGGUAUGUCCAUCACAGUCACAUCCUUCACAAACAUGAUCGCAUUCGCCUUUGGAGUUACCAGUAUAAUGCCGUGUCUUGGGUCGUUUUACGUAUUUGCCACUCUUGGAAUUAUGUUCUUAUACGUGUACGAGAUUACAUUUUUCAUAAGUUGCUUGGUGUACGACGAGAAGAGACUUGAAGCACGAAAGGACGGCUGUUUCUGUCGUCCCAGAUUAAACUGGAAACCAAAUGAUUGCAGUCAGAGGAAUACACAGCAGAUUAUUUUCGAGAAUUACAUUGGGCCAAGAAUCACCAAGAUCUCGACGAAAGUAGUUAUCCUGAUGAUCACUGCUAUCUUGUUGUGUAUCAACGCAUGGGCAGUGUUUCAGCUGGAGCAGAAUUUCGACCCCCUUUGGUACUUAAAUCAAGACUCUUAUCCAAUUCAGUUCAAUGAGAAGCUGAAACAAUAUUUUCCAAAGUAUGGAAAACGAGCUGGAAUUUAUAUGACCGGCGUAGACUAUUACGAGGACCGUGAAGCUCUUUACCACCUUGUGGAGGUUCUCAAACGAAAUCAGUUUAUUAAUAAUAAUACCCUAGAUCCCUGGUUCAUUGCUUAUGAAAAAUGGCUAAACGACACUAACAAAAAUGAUAUUGAAAGCGAAGAAGAAUAUUACAAUGUCCUGACAGAAUACUUACUUCUAACAAAAGAAGGACAAGUGUACAUCAAGGAUAUAAGUUUUGAUAAGCUACCAGUUGGGGAAUACAAUAUAACGACAUCACAAAUUCCAAUACAACACAUUCUGAUUAAUACAACGUCGCAGCAAAUACAAGCAAUGCAAUCUAUCAGAGAAACAAUUCAGGCUACAAACUUUUCUCAAGGGCACGAUUACAUUGCCAUCUUUUCGCAUGAUUAUGUUUCAUGGACAGCAAACAAGAUUAUAGGAGAAGAACUAAUUAGAAACUUGUCUUUAGAAAUAGUAUCUAUUGGAGUAGUAAUAGUGAUAUUCCUUAGAAAUUUACAAACAUCGUUCUGGGUGCUCUGUUGUGUUUUCUUCACUCUCGUCGACUUAUUAGGUUCCAUGUACUUUCUGAAUUUGACUGUUGAAAUAUCUUCGAGCAUCACCACUUUAUUGUGUGCGGGAUUGGCAGUCGAUUAUGCUGCCCAUAUUGGUUUAGAAUUUAUACGUGUAAAGGGCAGUAAAAAUGAACGUGCGAUCGCAACACUUUCUGUUAUUGGCCCAGCUGUGUUUAAUGGAGGCUUAAGUACAUUUCUGGCAUUUGUUCUGUUAGGUUCUAGCGAGGCUUAUAUAUUUCGUACUUUUUUUAAGUUGUUCACUUGUGUAGUAGUAUUUGGUCUGUUCCAUGGACUGUUGUUCUUACCAACCAUUUUGAGUUUAGCAGGCCCUAAUGAAAUGCAAACUAAAGUAGAAAAGAAGGAGACUGUUGUUUCAGAACAUAAUGGAUACUGUAAUGUUCCUUUAUCUCAAAAUGAGAAAGAUUCAGGGACCAGGACUGCCAAGUAAAAUUUGACAAUACAUAAAAGACUGUUUAGGUAAGUAUUUGAUUACAAAAUUAUACCAUAUAAAUUGCAACUGUAAGACCAAUGCACAUGUACUGUAAAACAGUAGUUUAUACAUUCUUUGUUAAUCUAUCCUUUUGUAAAAAAAAAAACAAAAUAAAAGAAUAUCAUUUUAAA